AUGACUUCGCUCAACAAGAGGGCCAUUCUCAACAAUUCCCCUCUUGUUCACUCCAGCUCAGCAGGGUUUUCAUCAUCGUCUCCAGCCCUUCUGAACUCGUCCUCUCUCCAAACGAAUCAUCAGUAUUCCAAUCCUAAUAACAACAACCCAAACAACAACACGAUGGAUCUUCUCGAACAACAACUCUCCGUGGAAGCCGAAGAAUUCGAACGAAAACUUCAACUCGAAACUCAAGAUCCACUCAAACGAGCUCUCUCUCGUCGUGAAUUUUAUGCCACUCAAGAAGAACGUAGAGCCGAACGAAAGAGAGAACUCGGAACUAUGGCCAAACGUAAAGAACGAGCCGUUGUGGGUCAAACAGCGUUGGAACGUUUGGAAAAAAAAUGUUCUCCUGCGUUUUUACACUCUCGGGAAUUUGAGGCGAAUAUGUGUGUGGGAGGAACGGGAGGUCAGCUCACGGAAAAGGCUUAUUUGGGUCCAUUGUUGGUCUAUAGUGGAGAUGUGGAACAGAAGGUGAAUAGUAGUAGUAGUAGUAGCAGUAGCAGUAGCAGUAAUAAUAAUAAUAGCACUGGUAGUGCUGGAAGUGGUGAGAAUAGUGUCGAGGGAGAUGCCGACUCGAAUGAUCAUCAUUCCGAUAAAAAGACAGACGUGCAUCAUGAGGAAGAAGAGGCUGAUUCUCAUCAUGUGGACGUGAUUCAUGAGGCUAUUUUUGAGGAACAGAAACGUUUAGUGGAGACUUUGCAAAGUAUGCAAAAUGGAGAAAAGCCUUUACCUUCAGGAAUGACAUCAAAACCUGUAUUUCUUGGUGAAGAUGGUACCUUGUACAACUUGUAUUAUGAGCCUUUGCCCAAUCAAGAUGCCACACAAAUGAAAGGAAGAGGAAAAUUCUCAAAAAUUGCUUAUGGAUCUAGUGCCAAGGGUGCAGAACAAGAAUUUGGUGAAGGUUACACAAAAGCCAAAGAAUUGAAAAAUAAGAAAAUUGUUUACAAUAGUGAACAGGAACAAAUAUUGAAAAAGUAUGGCCCCAUUGUUGAUAAGGAAGAGAUUGGUGUGAAAUGUCUGAAACGUGCUCGUAUGUUGGAUCGUUAUGAGUAUGAGUACGAUCCUGAAUUGUAUCAGUCAGCACCUGAUCCAGAUAGUUUUACCACUUUUGAAGAGUAUGAAGAGGCUUUAUUGAAUUGGAGCAAACAAGUAGAAGGAAAAUUGGGUUAUUUGCAAUUGCCACGUGUAAUGGGUAGACAUUAUUUCCGUCCAUGUCAAAGGCCAGUUAUUUCUGAGAAUGAGGGAGACAAUACCAGAUCUGACGCCAGUAAGCUCAACUCGAGACGUAUUGCUGAAAACAUUUCUUCAAUUUCCAUGAAAUCAUCAAUUAUGGACGAUGACAUGAAUGAAAGUCAUGAAACUUGGGAAUCACAUUUGGUACCGCUCGAACCAAAACCAGAAUUCUAUGAAACCUUCAAGGAAUAUGAAACGGCAAUGAUACGUUGGGCCAUUACUUGCCUCGGUUUACCAUUCCUUCCACCCCACGUUGCACAAUAUCAAAACUUGUUGGGUCUCAAGUUAGUGAACGAACCAAAAUUCCAAGUUGCUGGCGUUCAAACUUCAAACAACGACAGCGGCGAAGAGGAAAAGGAAGAUCGUGAAGAUGGUGACCACAAUGACGACGAGGAUAGAAAGGAUGACGACCAUGACUCUGUACGUUACGAAGUCUUGAAUGGCUGGGAAAAGCUCAAGCCCAAUGUUAAACGUGAAAUUGAAAAUAGUAUUCAAAAGGUUAUGGACGCCAAGAUGAAGAAUAAGGAAACUUUUGGCUCAUUCCAUCAACCUGCCGUAGCUCUUCGACAUGGAACUUUUGCAUCAGAGACCAAGGUUGUUCCACUCAAACUUACUCAAGGUGAAAGAAUUAAGCCAGACAAUAUUAGAAGUUGGAUUGUUUAUCAGAGACAAGAAAAAUCGCUCAGUUGCGUACCUGCUCAAGGAACCAUGGCAUAUGAACAAGCCAACGCAAGUCGUGAGUAUCCCCAUCAAAUGCCUCUCAUAAGAAGAGAUCUCACCGACGAAGAAGUCAGAUCUUCCAAAGAUUGUGACACUUUCGAGCAAGGUAAAGAGGUGCUAUUCGAGACACCUGAGUUCGAUCUUGGUGUGAUCACCUUUGCUAAUCUCAAGUCUCAAAACUAUGUCAAAUUCUUGCAGAUUGUGCUCGCAAGAAAAGACAAUGAAAAGAGAUUUAAUCAACUCAACAGUUGGUAUUUCCCCAAGGAGGAUCAAUUUGCAUUGGUACAAAAAUUUGAUGCUCUAUGUAGUAUUUUAGAUGUAAUUGAACACCCUUCUCAAAUGACCAUUCAACACUUUGAGAACAUCUUCUCCAGCUCAACCUAUUUGGAUUACUUCCAAAAAUUCCUUCAAACUGAACUCAAGCUCAGAAUGAGCAUGAUGAAGAACGGAGUUGAAAUUCCACUUAGAACUUAUAGAGAAUUAAUGUUCUAUUCCACUUCAAAACAAACCUUUAUCAGAAUUUUACACAAUUUCCACAAUUGCAACUCACAACUUACCCAUGCCAAAGUUGCACACUUUGUUAAAGAAUUCUUAAAGACUGAAAUGGCUCGAGAUAUCAUUUCUGAAAUACUUCAAGAGGAUGAUUACUCAACAAUGUAUUUCAUUGCUCGUGCCGUAACACUUUUUGAUGAAGUACCAAGCCCACUCUUUGAAUACACAGAAUCUACUAGAAACGCUGUGAUCAAUAUUGUGCUCAUUGCAGACACGAAAAAGAAGGAUGAAGCUCUCACAAGAAUGGUUGACAAGUUCCUUGUCAAUUUACUCUUGUUGUAUUAUACUAACUGCAUUACAGUAUCAUUGGUCGAGGAAGAUAGAGGAUAUCCAUUUGUUUAUCAAUUCCUUGUCCAAAAACUUGAAAAGUACAUUGAAGAAGUGAACAAGUAUUUGAAAUGUAGCAAGUCAUUCUUGAAGACUUACAUUUGGAAGAUUCUUGGAUCGAAAUGUAAAGCCGUCACAGCUUUGGGUAAAUUUGUCAUGACCUUCCUCUUCUUCUUGUCAUGGAAAGAGGAUAUUAAGAACGCUUUGAAAUCAGAAGACACAGAUCUGUUGGCCAAUAUCAGAACAUUGGCCUGUAGUAAAUUCAGCCACGUUCAAAAUGCCACAGCCAGAUUAUUCCCACUCUUGAAGGAAUGGGAGGAAUUACUGACAAAAGAUUACAAGAAUGGUCAAAACGUAUUGAGAGACUUGGUCAAGUCUGCUGAGAGAGCUGUGCUCGAUUCUCAACCUCCACUCAUCUCUUCUAUGGUUCUUGAAUUCUUGAGUGAAUCUCUUACCAUUAAAAAGAAUGAAUUUGGUGAGAAGGAUGCUUCAUUCCACAUGAUUGUGGGGCUUAUUGAGACUCGAGUUUUCCACAUUGUACUCGAAGAAGUAAUUUCGACAGUGACACAAAAGAGAAUGCAUCAAGGUACUAUUAUGGGUUCGCUCUUCAUUGCUAAAUUUGCCAAAUAUUUGGUAUGCAAUCAAUUGGUUCAAGCUCCAUCUGAAAAAACAUCCGAUUCUUCAAGCAAAAACAAGUUAUUCAGUUUCUUGAGAAAGAAGGAAACUGUUGAAGUCAAACAAGCUCUCUAUUCUGGCUCCAAGGUUGAGGUGACUCAAUCCAAUCUUCAAAACAUGUGGGACUUUAUUGGAAAACAGGACAAGUUGAGAAGAACAUAUAGACCACGUUCUGCCAUGUUGGUUGCUUUCCGUCACUUGAUCAAAGUUCCAGAAGUUUUUGCUUUAUUCAACAGAGACGCUACCUUCUAUACCAAACUUCUCGAGUUGUGUAAAGAUGAUGUUGACAUGGAAUUUAAUCGUAAUGCAUGGAGACUUUUCUAUCAGUUGAUCAAAUUCCACGGAGAGGAAGUCAUGUCUGAAAUUACCAACCAUAACAUGUCCGGCUUUUUGUCAACAAUUAGUUUGCAGCAAAAGUCUAUCAUUGCCACCAACGCACUUCAUUAUUUUAACAAGAUAUUCAAUCUUCCAAUUGAUCGCAACAUUUGGCAAAAAGUUGAAAAUGAUGACAAGAGACCCGAGUUAGUUUGCGAGAAGGGCAAUAACAUUCCUGCUAAAGCUCACGACAAGUAUCAUAAGGCAGUUCAAAUCUUGAUAGACUUUAUUUUGAAACAAAAACUUGUGGAUGCUGUCUUUGUAGCGGCCUACAAUAUUUGGUCGAAGGAUUACAAGGGUUGGCCUUUCCAAACCUUGGCUGCGCUUUUCUAUACCAUCCAUACUCAUUCAUCCUGUCAAAAAUUGCAACAAGCAUUUGCCAAAACUUCCUCCACAUUGUCCAUUAUUGAAAACAUGGUCAAAGCACCACCUGGCUCGAAAAAGUCCAAAUACUGGAAGGACGUUAUGGAUUGGAACAUGAAACACAAACAUUAUUCUUACAUUGCUCCACCAAAAUGGGAUGAGAGAAAGUAA